CAGACGCAGAUCUUGAGAACAAUCACCACAGCUUUACGCGAAGUUUCGCGUUUCUCCGAUACAUUUAUUAAUCUAGAUAAAAUCGGGACUUCACACUAUCAAGCAGAUCAGCGGCAUCUAAGAUCACGACAUUAGACAUCAACCGCGUGUUGCUGGCUGUAAGCGCAACAGACCCAAGAGCUGCUGAGCCAGAGAUUCAGGAGACCCUCGCAAAUUGUCUGCCGUGCAGGUGAUCAAAUGUCAGAUUGACAAUUCACCUGCCGUGCACAAACAGCAUGUGAUAUGAUGUCAAAAUGAUUGCGAGAGAUGUGGAAAUAACAUAUCGAAAAAUUGUGUCAUAAAUACAGCAUUGUGGAUAUUCACCUGCUAAAGGAAGAUAAACGAAAGCGCACAAUAUCUUACAACAAAAUCUUGUUGCGACACUCUUAAGAUGGACUUCGACCACGACAAGGCCGAUUUACGUCCUACAAAACAACGAAAACUCAUUCCAGCAAUCCCAAUGCGUCGUGCUUCUGAUUUUCUCGCUGCUUUCGGUGCGACGAGGAGCCCCUCUUCAAGUUCGAGGAUGAAGCGCGAGGCCGUCAUCGAGAUCGACCAGGUUUCUCCUGCAACGUCACGGCGUGUCAGCGAUUGUGGAUUUGAUGGAAGUCCUCAAAUCGAGAGCGAUGUUAUUACAAAAGAUAAUGCGCGUGGGUCGCAACUCGAAACCAGCGAAGAUGAGCUCAGCGUCGGCGACACCAUUCAAGUCUCGCGAGUACCGGCGGUUAAUCUCCAGAAGCGUGAAUCGCUCAGUCGAACCGUGCCUGCUCGUUCCACGAGAGCACAAGUUAGCUAUGCACAGCCCGCGGUUCGCGCAAAGUUGAUCCCGUCUGCCAAAAGUCCUCGUCCAAAGAGAGAGUCCAAAACGUUAUUAGUCUCCGAUACUCUGCCAUCAAGCAUGACAAGAUCUCAGCCUUCCAAGCCGCGUGUAGAAACAGCACGAAACAAAGUGCGAAAGGACAUCGCGGAGUAUACCAAACCCAAAAGAGAUGCUUUCCUGUUGGAUCACAAAGAUUUAUUCUUGCCAUUAUUACCAUCCACCAAUUACAUCAACAAACUGGCACGUCAGCAAGAAGCCAAGCUGCCGCCCGUCGUACCGUACCGCUCUCUCACUGUACAACCAGAGGGCGUGCUCGCAACGAUGAAGCCAUACCAACUCGAGGGUCUCUCGUUUUUAGUGCACAUGCAUGAAAAUGGAAUGCCUGCAAUUCUUGGUGACGAGAUGGGUCUUGGGAAGACGCUUCAGACACUCUCGUUGUUCCAAUAUCUGAAGGACAACAAAGUCACCACUGGCGAGCACAGACCCUAUCUUGUGAUUUGUCCACUCAGCGUUUUAUCGUCCUGGCUUGCCGAGGCCAAGAGGUGGGUACCACACAUGAAGACAGUCCGUUUCCAUGGCCCAAAGGGCGAACGUGACCGCCUCAAGAAAGACACGCUGUUGGGAAAUGUCCAAUACGACAUCUACGUCGCCACUUACGAGUCAUUUCGAGCGGAGCACAGUUGGUUCAAGAGCGCUUUCGUCUGGCGAUAUUGUGUGCUGGACGAAGGCCACAAAGUGAAGAACAGUGAAAGCGAUGUCUCCCACACGUUGCACGGUCUAGGUGCUGAAUACAGACUGCUUCUCACAGGAACACCUGUACAGAAUAACCUCUUUGAGAUGUGGUCGCUCUUGUACUGGCUGCUACCGGAAGUCUUCACUGCCGAUACUGCGGCAAACUUCAAGAAUGCGUUUGAUCUCUCGCAAGGCAAAGCAUCGACGAGCUUCAUGGACCAUGCAAGGCGGCUAUUGGAGGUCAUCAUGCUGCGUCGCUUGAAGGCCUCCGAUGGCGUAAAUCUUGGGUUGCCUCCGAAGGAAGAGGUCCUCCUUUACGUACCGAUCACUCCCAUGCAACGUUUCUGGUAUGAGAGACUAUUGACUCGGUCGGACAAAGCUACUCUGGACGGUCUAUUCUCAAAUUCUCGUAUUAAGGAAGAGAAAGCUCGGGAAGAUGAGCGGACGGACGGAAGCAUGGCGCUCCUGGAACGAGCUGCUCAUCUGGCCGACAAAGCAAACGCCAACUCGAUAAAUGUGUGGGCCGAAAGUCAAGCUAUUCUGGAGCAGGCCCUUGAGACCGAAGCUGAGCAAGACAAAGGAAGCUGGAAGAAGCUGAUGAACCUAUUAAUGCAGCUGCGAAAAGUCUGUACACAUCCUUACGUCCUCAAAGAGGCGGCACCUCCUGAGUACCUGCUUGGGGAGCAUGUCAUCACCGCAUCUGGAAAGUUUAUCGUUCUGAGCAAGCUGGUGGACGAAUUGGUGGUGAAUCAGGGCAAGAAGGUACUUAUUUUCUCUGGAUUCACUGGCACAUUGAAUUUAUGCGAAGACCUCUUGGUCUACAAAGGCGCCGACGGUGACAAUCCGCGAUUUCGGUACACAAGAUUGGACGGCGGCACUUCGCGGGCGCGCAGAAAUUUGGGCAUGAGGCAGUUCAACGAUGCAAACAGCAACUUUCAAAUCAUGCUCCUGUCGACACGAGCAGGUGGCCUGGGUAUCAACCUUACAUCUGCAACCGAAGUCGUGUUCCUGGACGAAGAUUGGAAUCCACAAGUCACGAUACAAGCUGAAGCUCGAGCACAUCGGAUCGGACAAACCAAGAAAGUCACCAUUUACAAGCUUUGUUCUCAAGGCACAGUCGAAGAGCAGAUGAUGGGCCGCAUUCGCAAAAAGCUUUAUCUGUCAGCGAAGAUCACCGAGGGCAUGCGCAACAUCCACACGGAAGAGUCGGUCAGCAAAAAGAGGAAACGACAAUCCAUCAACCCAGCAGCCAACGACGACGCGCCGCAAUUGACUACUGCCUCGCUUCAGGUGUUGAUCCGCCGUGGGGCCCAGACUCUUGCACGACCUGCCGUGGAUGCGGCCGAAAUGUUACUUUGGGACUGGCCUACCAUACUGAUGAAUUGCAAAGACAAACCGCUCGACGCACUGAUCACAGAUGAGGAGGUCGAUGAGCAAGCUUGGCUGAACACCAUGGAACGCGUCGAAUGCGCUGUAUUCGAGGGCCGGAAGCAUCACAAGGAGAUCGAUAUCAAGAUUAAAGCAGAAGUACUCAACCGAGCUGACCGUCGUGAGGGCAAAAACACCACCGUCAUGAUGAACGGUUUCAUGAUAAACAAGGAAAGUCUGCUCUGCGCCGACUGGGAAGCUGUCCCCACUCUCGCCGGCAAAGACCCACGUCUCGCGGAGCCGAAACGCGCGAAGCGCAAAGCCAUCGAGCAUCAAGACUACUGUCAGACCUGCUUCGACGGUGGCGAUGUGGUCGUGUGUGGAGGCUGUCCUCGCGUCUACCACAUCCCAUGCCUGGACAAAGACUUCCGCACCAAGGCCCAAGGUAUGAGCUUCUACUGCCCACAACAUCAAUGUCACGACUGUAGUGCCAAAACCGGCGACGCCGGCGGACUCAUCUACGCCUGUCGCUGGUGCGAGAAUGGCUUCUGCGAGGACUGUCUAGAUUGGUCCAGCACGAAAUUGCUUGGGGAUAGAUUGCCGGAAUACGAUAUACUCGGAUUUCAGUAUAACGGCAACGCGCACUACGUCGAAUGUUCUCACUGUGUUGAAAAUUGGGCCAGGGAUCCCCAGGCUCGACAAUUCGUUGAUGAGGAGCGGAGCCGCGUUCAGACCGAAUACGACUUUGUCCAUGAUCAUCUCGCCGUUGAGGCGGAGCAAGCGAUCAAGGUUGAGCCUGGCGAUAGUGAACUCACGCCCAUCACAAUUUCGGAGGUUACCACACCUACUGCGGAUGUUGCCUUGAGUAUCAAGGUCUGAGAAGUGUCGACCGCGAUUUCAUGACAAUUCGAAUUGGAAGGACUUGUUCGAACGAAGGCGUUUCCUUGUGUGUUGAAAUUGCGUGGAGGAUUCUGGCAGAGGAGUUCUGGGUUGGUUAUGAGAUGUAAAUGUAUGGGAUUCAUUCUACCGUGCUGCUGUUGUAUUCCAGAAUUAUUCUAUUGAUCUGAAGAGGGUGGCUCAGGUCUCUUUACUGUACUAUAUAUGAUUCACUCUUUACCACGCUGCUAUACUGGCGGAAAGGGAAAAUGAUUUCGUGAUGUCGCAUGCUCAGACCAGCACAGAAUGAACUGUCGCUGUUUCAACGAGG